CACUCACAGUUGCUUUUCAGGAUUGUAUGAUCGAUGAUUUGACUCGUAAUGCCUUCCAUUUGAUUUCCCGCGAAACACGCGCAGUUCCUCCCGCCCUCCUCGCUUGAACAGUAGGCUAGUGUUCAGGGCUACUGCUAACAAAUAUCCUUCGAUCAUGGGAAUACACGGACUUGCCAAGCUGAUUGCUGAUCAUGCCCCUGCUGCAAUCAAAGAGCAAGACAUUAAGAGUUACUUUGGCAGGAAAAUUGCCAUUGAUGCCUCCAUGUGCAUCUACCAGUUCCUGAUUGCUGUGAGACAGGAUGGUAAUGUUCUACAGAAUGAAGAUGGAGAAACGACAAGCCACCUGAUGGGAAUGUUCUACCGUACGAUCCGCAUGCUGGAGCAUGGGAUUAAGCCAGUGUAUGUUUUUGAUGGGAAGCCUCCACAACUUAAAUCAUCAGAGCUUGAGAAGAGAGGAGAAAGGAGGGCAGAAGCUGAGAAGCUGCUUGCUCAAGCACAGGAAAUGGGGGAACAGGAAAAUAUUGAGAAAUUCACCAAACGUCUGGUUAAAGUGACUAAGCAGCAUAACGAUGAAUGCAAAAAGCUGCUCUCCUUGAUGGGAGUUCCUUACAUUGAGGCUCCAUGUGAGGCAGAGGCCAGCUGUGCUGCUUUAGUUAAAGAAGGGAAGGUCUUUGCCACGGCAACAGAGGAUAUGGACGGCCUGACCUUUGGGACAAACGUGCUGCUCAGACAUCUCACAGCCAGCGAAGCAAAAAAGCUUCCCAUCCAAGAGUUCCACUUUAAUCGCAUCUUGCAGGACAUGGACCUGACCAAAGAGCAGUUCAUCGAUCUGUGUAUUCUGCUGGGUUGUGACUACUGUGGCACCAUCAAGGGAAUUGGCCCCAAAAGAGCCGUGGACUUGAUCCGACAGCACGGUUGCAUCGAGGAAAUCCUAGAAAACAUCGACUCAAAGAAACACGCGGCCCCAGAGGACUGGCUGUAUAAAGAGGCCAGGGGUCUGUUUCUGAAGCCGGAGGUGGUGGAUUGUUCCUCUGUGGAGCUGAAGUGGAGCGAGCCUGAUGAAGAGGGCCUGAUCCAGUUCAUGUGCAGCGAGAAACAGUUCAGUGAGGACAGAAUUCGAAACGGUUGUAAGAAGAUCGUAAAAAGCAGACAGGGCAGCACACAGGGACGACUGGACUCUUUCUUCACCGUCACUGGGUCCCUGUCCUCCAAACGAAAGGAAGCAGAAACUAAAGGACCAGCAAAGAAAAAGCAGAAAACUGGAGCCACACCAGGAAAAUUCAAGAAGGGGAAAUAAGUAGAUAAGAUUGUUAAGAUUGGUAGUCAAACCCCAAAAGGACUGUGGUGCAAAAGUAGAAAAGAGAAAACUGAGAGUGAAACACAUCCAUGUUUUAUUGAAUGAUUAAAUAAAUAGUUUCAGUGGAGAAAUGCUUGCCUUUGUGAACACAUAUUUGACAUUUAUUAUCUCAAGGAAUAACUUCACCUGCACAAGAUUUAUCUUUGAGUGACACUGGUUGAGGUUUAACUGAAAAUCGAUUUUUUUGGUCAGUGAAUCGGAUGAACCAAUAUCGUCUAUGAAUUUUAUUGGCAACCACAAAUCUGAAAUGAAUUGUUAAAAUGUUAAACUGCACGAGUGAAGCCAUGAGUUGAAUUCAUGCUGUGUUGACUGCUUUUGUCCACAUGAGGGCGUUUACUCUGCAAAUAAAGUUUCUGGAGUUUCAAAUAAA